AUGGCUCCCUCUGCUCUGAUCGAUCAUUCUCCCCACCAGCCGACACCCGCACAGAAACUACCUUCCGCGAGCAACCUCGUCCUCAUUGAUAACUAUGACUCCUUCACUUGGAACGUCUACCAAUACCUUGUACUAGAGGGCGCAACUGUCACAGUAUACCGGAACGACAAGGUGACGCUCGACGAAUUGAUCGCGAAGAAUCCGACACAACUUGUCAUUAGCCCGGGUCCUGGCCACCCGGACACCGAUGCAGGGAUCAGUAAAGAUGCCAUCAAAUACUUUGCGGGCAAGAUCCCUAUACUGGGCGUGUGCAUGGGACAGCAGUGUAUUAUAUCCGUCUUUGGUGGGCAGGUGGAUGUUACGGGCGAAAUCCUGCAUGGCAAAACCUCUCCUCUACGGCACGACGGGAAGGGGUGCUAUACAUCAUUGCCACAAGACCUUCCCGUAACGAGAUACCACUCCCUGGCAGGAACUCAUCCAACUCUGCCCCAAUCACUGGAGGUAUCCUCCUGGAUCGCCAAGGGACCCGACGGUGGGAAGGGUGUCAUUAUGGGAGUCCGACAUAAGGAUUACGUGAUCGAGGGUGUUCAAUUUCACCCGGAAAGCAUUCUGACUGAGAACGGAAGAGUCAUGUUUAAGAACUUCCUGGCAAUGUCUGGCGGCAAAUGGUCCGAAAACCCGCAUGCGAUUGAGGGUGGCAAGAAGGCAUCUCCCGUCACAAAUGGCCACCCCUCGUCGAAGAAGGAAUCCAUCCUCGAAACCAUUUAUGCCCAUCGACGAGAAGCUGUGGCAGCCCAGAAGCUCGUCCCAUCACAGAGACCCGAGAAUCUGCAAGCCACGUACGAUCUAGGUAUUGCUCCACCUCAGAUUUCGUUCCCGCAAAGACUUCGACGGUCGGCGUAUCCCAUAGCUUUGAUGGCCGAGAUCAAGCGAGCGUCCCCAUCCAAAGGUAUAAUCGCGCUUGGCGCCUGUGCCCCAGCCCAAGCUCGGAAGUACGCGACGGCAGGAGCCAGCGUUAUAUCCGUCCUCACAGAACCCGAAUGGUUCAAAGGAAGUCUUGAAGAUCUAAGAGCUGUCCGUCAGAGCCUGGACUCUAUGCCGAACCGACCAGCAAUCUUGCGCAAAGAAUUUAUUUUUGACGAGUAUCAAAUCCUGGAGGCCCGCCUAGCUGGAGCCGACACGGUAUUGCUUAUCGUGAAGAUGCUAGAGAGAGAGACUCUAGCACGACUGUAUCAUUACUCCCGCUCGCUCGGAAUGGAGCCGUUGGUGGAGGUCAAUACCGCCGAGGAGAUGAAGAUUGCGGUUGACUUAGGCUCCCAAGUCAUUGGGGUCAAUAACCGCGAUCUUACCAACUUCGAAGUGGACCUGGGAACAACAAGUCGUCUGAUGGAUCUGGUUCCAGAAUCAACGAUUGUCUGCGCCUUAAGCGGGAUCUCCGGACCUCAAGAUGUCCAAGCAUAUCGAAAGGAUGGAGUAAAGGCUGUCCUUGUUGGUGAAGCUCUGAUGCGCGCGACCAACACAGUUGAGUUCAUUGCCAAGCUGCUGGGAGAUCCGGAUGUUGCACCAAUAAAGGCGGCAGAGCACCAGCUAUUGGUCAAGAUUUGCGGUACACGGACGCCGGAAGCUGCGAAGACGGCCAUCGAAGCAGGCGCGGAUCUGGUGGGCAUCAUCCUGGUUCCAGGACGAAAACGUUUCAUUUCAGACGAUGUUGCUCUACAAAUUGCAAAAGUCGUCAAAACGACACCCAGACCUGCAGCAACACUAUCAGAACCGCCCAAAAUCGGCGCAUCGGAUUUUUUCGAGCAUUCGUCGAGACUGCUGGUCAGGCCAGAUCGUGCGCAAUUGGUCGGCGUCUUCCUCAAUGCUACUCUGGAACACAUUGUUGAACAGGUUUACAAGCUCGGCCUGGAUGUGGUUCAACUUCAUGGCUCGGAACCGAUCGAAUAUGCUCGAGGUAUCCCGGUCCCGGUGUUGCGCAGAUUUUCACCUUCCGAACCAGGCCUCAUGAACCGAGGAUAUCAUACUCUGCCGCUCAUAGACUCUGGCGCCGGUGGUGUAGGCCAACAACUGGACGUGAAGCAAGUGAAGUCGCUAUUUUCGAAAGACCCUGGUCUCAAGGUGGUAUUGGCUGGGGGGCUCACCCCUGACAACAUCACCACGGUACUCGAUGCCUUGGGACCCUACCGACCAAGCAUUGCUGGGGUCGAUGUCAGCAGCGGAGUUGAAUCGGACGGGAAGCAAGAUUUGUCGAAGAUAAAGGCGUUUGUUCAGAAAGUCAAGAGGCGCUAG